AUACCCCCCCCCCCCUCCCCCCCCUGUUGUGGAUUCCUCACUGCUCACACCAGCCGCAUGUAAGGUUUCACCGUGGAAUUCAUCGUAAACUCACAAUUUACGAGCUACAUGCGGAGGCAAUGCAUGUGUAGGAGGAAAUGAUCGCUCGUUUGUGAUGCAAUGGUAAUGGUAGAGGUAGAGGUCGGAGAGGGGAGAGGAUCCCCCUCCGGAAUGUGAUUAGGUUCUAGGCUGGGGUGCCGAGGAGGAAGCAGAGAGAGAUACAGUGAGGGUUUGGAUGUUGUGAUGACGAAGCAAGCGAGGGGUGCUGGGAUGGUGUGAUGCUUGCUGGAGUAUGAUGGUUGACGGGCAUGGUGGGUUGGGUUUGAAAGUGGCAUAGGAGGGAUGCAUUUCAAUUGCUUGAGAUGAUUGCCUGAGGGAAGCCGCAGAGGAGUGUGCGUUUGAGUCUAGUCGAUUUGGACGUUUUCUGUGGUUUGGCCCGCGCUUCUGUAGCAUUUUGGCGGUUGGAAGAGAGUUCGUGUUGAGUGGCAUUGGCCGUGUUUGUAGAUGGGCUGUGGUAGCACGAGUAUGAGCUCCUUCGAAUAAGUCUUCGGAGGGUUGCCUGCCCAUGUUCUCACCACCCCAUUCGCAUCGCUGCUGUCAUGUGAACAUAUUGAGGACGAGUAGACACGCAGCAUAGGAGGAAGAGAGUAUGGGUAGUGUAGUAAUUGUGUAAUCCCAGUGAUUGGAGUUACAUUGGUAGUUUCUGUCAUCGUCUAUCGCUAGAAUUCUUACUUGCCCGCGGGCCUUAUAUCCCUGAACGUCAUUUUUCAACAUUGUCUCAUUGAUUGUUUCAAUUGUCGAAUGAUGAAGUUGAACGUGUGGUUAGGAGCGUCUUAGGUUUUGGCGUCGGCGCUAUCAGCCGAAGCACAAGUUGAAUGACUGUGCAGUCGCUUGAAGCCCAGUUUCUAUUGCCCAUUUUCAUACCUUUUCCUUUGGUGGAUCUCUUCGCGUCGUUACUCAGACGGUGUUACACAUUUGUUGAAUUAAGUAGAAAGAACUGGGAAGCAAGAUCGUGAGAGAGGUUUAUGUUUUACAGGUUCUGUAAUUACAUUUAGUUUACAUUUCCGAAUGCGUAUAUCGCCUGCUAAAGCUGAUUAUUCCCUAGCUUAUCACCUUCGAACUUCACCUCUUUGUAUCCAUUUUAAGCACAUUUCAUUUAUCCCUUCCCCUGCUUCGAGAUGCAGAAUUGUUGUCUGCGAUUAGCUCUGAAUCAAAUAGAACCCGGUUUGAAAUAUAUCGGUGAUGUACAUAGAGUUGAUUGUGAGGGAAAUAUGAAGAAGUUUUCAGUUGUAGCUUAGCUUCGCGGGUUUGUAGUCAGUCUUCCGGAUGGCUAGAGACAAUGAUUUGGGAGUAUGUCGUUACUGUGACUGUCGACACCUAAUUACAUUGUUGACCGUAUUCGGGAUCAAGAAGUUUGAGCUACUGUAGAUCUGUUAGGGCAGAUAGUUUUAUGGUGAGUUGCGUAUGUGGUUGCAAUUCAUCGUGCCCACGUGAACAAGACGACGACCAAGAAAAUGCAUAGGUAUACAAAGGACGCUUUGUUGGCUUUGGCCAGCCUGCCUAGCUGCCAGUUACGUUUGGAUGGCAUAGACCCUGUUUUGUUGAGAGAUUCUGUCAAUUCUGAUGUGGAGGGGAAUAUUGCAAUUCCAGCGGUGCCGUCUGGCCGAGGUUCCGCGCGCAAGGAUGUUGACUUUGCUUACAGUAAAUCGCCAGUGAAUGACCUUCCGGAAUGGAGAAGACCUAAUGGCGGAGGCGCUAUUAUACAGUCUGGUGCUCGGCGCAAACCGUAUGAAGAAGAACCGUUGGGCAAUGCCUUUUCAACCAGUUACCCACCUCGACCUUCUGGUCCUUGGGUUGAACAGACUGGUCCUUCGAGGCCACCACAUGAUCGACCUGGUCCCAACGGGGCGUCAGUACCUCCAGGUAAAUGGGAUGGUAAUGGAGACAGAGAUCGUGAACGAGGGCGCCUUCCACAAGUCUGGGAUGCCAAAGAACGAGGUUCAUCGGGUAAAGGAGAUGCAGAGCAACGCCCCUGGAUUGAGCGCGAUGGACUAUUGGGGAGUGGAAUUCGACCACCUCCUCAAGCUCAUGCUCGCAUUAGCCGGUCAACUGGCAAUUACCAGCCUUCCCGUUCUCCAAUCAAAACUGGUGGCGGAGCUGUAAACGCCUCCACUACUCCCAUAUUUGGACGGCGGGAAGAUACGGACAUUGUGAAUGACGAAACAUUUGGGCUUUCCGAAAUUUAUACGGAUGAUAGAUCUGAUCAGGAGCGUAAGCGUCGAGAGUCCUUUGAAUUGAUGCGUAAAGAGCAGCAUAGAAAGGUACAGGAACAAAAACAGCCUGCGAAAACAUCAGAGAAUUCGACUGUGAAUCGCAAGCAUGACGAAAAUAGCCUUUGGGACAAUGUCUCCUGUCAAUCUCCUCCCCUCUCACCCACAGGCAAGGUUGCCGUAACGCCUCCGAUUCCAACUCCCCCUCGCCCUGCUGUGCCACCUGGUUUUUUAAAAGUGGCCCUGCAGCGGUUUAGUUCAAAUCAAGUACUCCCACAACAGGAUGAUGAUGCUCAAGGAGCUCAUAACCACCCGUCAAAGGAGAAUUUGGUCAAAGACCAUCCCUUGUUGAAUUCUAAUGAGGCGGAUGAUUCUUCCUCACUUCAUUCUGGUAGUAGUGUAGGUGACGUUACGGAAGUCAAAUGUGCAACUCCUAUUGCCAAGGAGAUGAUUAUUGAGUUGGAUGUUAUCGAAACGAAAACCGUAGUUACUGAAGUCAAAGAGGACUGUGCUGCGAAUUGUUCUCUUCCCUCUGGAGGAAGCUUGAGUGGGAAGAAUGCACCGGGCAUGUGGAAUUUUAAUGUGGAAGGUCAGGAUGGAGACGCAAUCAGUGAUACUCUGUCUACGGGAGAUAAAAGCAGUAUUCGGAAAGAGUCAUUGCUUGACAAGCUCUUUGGAAAUACCAUACCAACAGUUAUUGAUGAUGUUCUUCCCACUCAUCUGUCAAGAGAUGAGCCUCAUAUGGCAGCUCCAGAAGAGGACAAUUUUCCAGGAAGUGUCACAAAAUCAUCUAAAUUCGCUCACUGGUUUCAUGCAGAAGAAGCUAAGCUCACAGCAAGCCAGACGAACAGCUCAAAAAAUCUCAUGUCUAUUUUUGGAAGUAGGGAGAAACCUAAUAACAAUGUCUUUUUGAAGAAAGAUUUUGAGCAUUCUGGCGUGUUUGCUCCCAUUAUCAAGCCUGGAUUCAAUGUAGGACUUCCUAUGCCUGUCGGUUCCUCCGUAGAGGAUAUUGAAAAAGUUUUUGCAGCCAUGGGAGAAGUUCCUACUACAAGCAACCUUGCUAAAUACAAGAAUGAUUCUACAGGGAAGUCGAUUACACCUAACAAACAGCCUCCAGCCGCACCUCCGGUGUUCAUGACUUGUGAAGACAUUGAGCAGGCAUUGCUGGCUGAAGCAGCUGAAGCUGAUACUAAGGCUGUAAGCAGCAGAGCUCCUCCUUUGGUUCCAGUAGUUGUGGCUCCUCCUAACGAUGCUGAAAAUGCUUCGCAACAUCUGCUUUCACUUCUUAAGCGACCUCCUAUUCUAGAAACCGGGCUGUCUAGUAAAGCCUUAGCUAUGGAAGCUGGAAGUCAAAGCCUCAGUAGCGAACUGCCACGGAAUAAACCAGAACUCGGCAACAAUCGAGCUAAUGAAGUGCCUACGCUAGAAUCAUUGUUUGGCAAAGCAUUUAUGAACGAGCUUCAAUCAUUUGGAGGAGCUGCAGGCAGAACCUUUCCAGACGAAGGUUCUGUAGGGCAACAGAGUGAGCUGUUAAAUACUUCGUUCCCGCUACAAACUGAAGACCUCAAUCACAAACUUAGGCCGAAUGGCAUUGGUGUCCCUCGAGAUUUGCUUGCAAGCUCUGGGCCUCAAUGGGGGAACGCUGACGCCAUCAAGAAUCACAAUAACAUGUCAAUGGAUGGUUUGAAUGCUGCUAUGCCUAGUUUCGGAGAGACUUCUUUUGGACAGACUCAUAUUGAUGCAGUUGUUAAGAAUAUGAAGCCUCUCCCAGGGUCAUCGGCGCAACACUUAGGCGCACCUCUUGAGCAGCGGAACACGCCACGAGCACCACUUGGUAGCGCUAAUGCCAGCUUUUCUCAUCCUGCACCAAGACCUCAAGCACCGGGUCCAGUAUUCAACAGCAACGGAUUAAAUCCUGGGUUUGAUGCAUUUCCGCCACAGCAACACAUUCAACCUUCUCAUGCUUUUCACGGUCCCAUUUCGCACCCACCACCUCAUUUAAUGGGCCAACUUCAGAUUCUUCAGCGUCCCCAAUUGCACCAUGGAAUGAUCAUGCCAGAGCAUGUCAUUAUGAAAACUCAGCUUCCUGGAGGGACAGUUUCUGCACACAUACCGUCUGUUCAUCAUAUCCAUGGACAGCAUCUGCCUAAUCAGGUGCCUCCAAGCGGAUUUUCAGGUCGCUUCGAGUCAGAAUUUCAGAGAACAAAUAACAACAGCCUUGGAAGUAGCGGUGUCAAUGCCGUUGGAAAUAUUGAAAGGUGGUUUGGAAAUGAUGGUCGUCGAUCAGGUCUUUUGGAACCCAGUAGUAAAUUUCCACAGGCGCCAGUGGGAGUGCAAGGUGACAUGAAGCUCCGGUACUGAUAGAUACUACCACUUCUUACUGUUAUUUCUCAGCGAGGUGUCGGCAUCUAAGGUUCCGGAGUGGUCCUCUUCGAGACGUAACUUUCUUGACAAGGUACAUACCUCUAGUUUGGGAGUUCUGAAGUCGCCACCUAGCAUGUUAUUAGCUUCUUUUCCAUGUCGUGGACUGAAGCUAGUUUAUAAACGUCUCAAGCGUAUUUCAAAUCCAUUGCAAGGUCGCCUUGCAUGAUCUUAGGCAGGUUUUACUAUACCAGUUGGUCUUGGUUUAACUGUGGGCGCAUCCCUCUGUAUCUUGGUAAGAUGUUGACAAGCUGUCUGUGUUCUUGUUAAGUCCAUUCUCAGUAAGCUGUAAGUACAAGUAUUUAGUUAAGUAGAAGUUCGACACCUACAUCAGGUAGGAUUGGCCUGUUGUUGAAAAGAAACCUGUACAUGGUGUUUACGUAUUUCUUCGCUUGUGGAGAAAGAGGCGUCGAAUAAAGUGGAGUGGUUACUAAAUGUGCUGCUCAUUUUCUUUAUGAUA